AUGGAAAAUACCACUGAAAAAACUGACGUUGUGGCAGCCACGCCGGAUGAACUCAGCGAAAAUCUCAGCGAGCGCUCGUCCUCGACCGAGUCUAAAGAGGAGGACGUGCAAUAUGUCGGUCACAUGAAGUUCUCGCUGAUCUUUAUCGGCCUUUGUUUGUCUGUCUUCCAGGUCGCAUUGGACGAGGUCGUUCUAGGAACCGCCGUGAAAACCAUCACCGAUGAAUUCCACUCACUUCAAGACACCGGCUGGUAUGGCUCGGCAUACUUGUUUACGGACUGUGCUUUCCAAUUGAUAUUUGGGAAAUUGUAUUCGAUCUUGCCCGUUAAGAUCGUCUAUCUGGGAGCUCUCUUGCUGUUCGAGGUCGGUUCAAUUGUUUGCGCCACGGCUCCAAACUCGGUUGCGAUGAUAUUGGGUCGCACUAUUGCAGGUAUUGGCGCCGGCGGCAUCCUCUCAGGAGCUCUGACUAUUUUAUCGCUGUCUGUCCCUCGAGCCCAAGUUGCCGUGUUCAACGGCAUUAUCGGAGCUGUCAAUGGAGUCGCAUUUAUCUGUGGCCCGUUGCUGAGUGGUGGGAUUAUUGAUGGCACCACAUGGAGAUGGAUCUUCUAUAUCAAUCCCAUUAUGUCCGCUCCGACCUUGGCUAUCAUUUUCUUCAUGGUGAAGAACGAACCGGCAAAAUCGGGGCCGACGACCUGGAGAGAGAAACUGGAGCAAUUGGAUCUGAUCGCUUUUACAUUCUUCCUCGGAUCCAUUCUGUGUCUGAUUCUGGCACUACUCUGGGGCGGCAAAGACUACGCUUGGCAAAAUGCCCGCAUCAUUGUCCUCUUCAUUCUCUUCGGAGCGUUCAUGGCCAUCUUCGUGACCAUGCAAGUCAAGAAGGGCGACAAAGCUCUGGUUCCGAUGGGGAUCCUCACAAGAAGAAGUAUUGCCUUCGGCAUGUUCUUCUCUUUUUGUACUUCGGGCACAGGGUUCAUCCUUGAGUACUAUCUGCCGAUCUGGCUACAAACAAUCAAAGAUUACUCCGUCAUAUCCUCUGCCGUGAAGCUGCUACCCAUCAUUGGCGCAGCAGUCAUCUUCACUACCCUAGCCGGCAUCCUCACCCCUGUCAUCGGCUACUACGUCCCGUUCAUGAUAGUUGCGACGGCACUGCUUUCAGUCUGUAUGGGCCUUCUGUCUACACUGGAAGCUUCCUCCCCUCUCCGUUUCGUGCUCGGAUACCAGGUUCUCGGCGGCAUAGGCUUGGGCUGUGCACUCCAGCAGACCCUUGUGGCAGCACAGACGAUCCUCCCGAUGAUGGAUAUUCCGAUCGGAGUGUCCUUGAUCGUCCUGGCGCAAACGCUGGGUGGGACUAUCGCGCUGUCGGCUGCUGAUGCCAUCUAUGCCGGGUCUCUGGCCUCAAGUAUCAGCCACCGGUUCCCUGAAAUCGAUGCCUCGACGGUGUUGAAUGCGGGCCAGGGAGAGAUUCGCAAUCUUGUGCCAGCUCAGGAUCUGAGUACCAUCAUUGGCUUUACUAAUGAUGCUAUUAGGAAGACUUGGUAUCUUUCUGCUGGGUUGGCUGCGGGGUCAAUCUUCGGGGUGUUGGGAAUGGAGUGGAGGCGGGUUUCUGCGCCGCAAAAAAAGUAG